AAUAACAGGGAGGGUACGUCUUUCACAUCCUUUUAAUCAAGUAAAUGCGUCAUUUUAUCGAAUAUUGUUGAAAGUGUGCACGAAACUUAAAGUCUUCGGGUAAUUGUGUGGUGGUAAAGUCGGUAAUAAUUGCAUUGUCUCGGUGAUGAUCCCAUUAGAGUGAUUUCGUGACGUUCAGCUGAUUUUAGGAGGGCGUUGAUUUAAUAAUUUUGUUAACUGUUAAUAGGAAACACUGCGAUACGAACAGAGACAGUUAGUGGUUAGUCAUAACAACAGACACGUUACGGGGAUAUGGCGACAAACAGGACCGGAGCCGCACAGAGGCCCAAUGGCGCUCCACAGACAAAAGUCUGCCAGUUCAAGCUGGUGUUGUUGGGCGAGUCUGCGGUAGGCAAGUCCUCGCUGGUGCUCCGAUUCGUCAAGGGACAGUUCCACGAGUACCAGGAGAGCACCAUCGGGGCUGCGUUCCUCACCCAGGCCAUUCGAUUCGACGACACCACCGUUAAAUUCGAGAUCUGGGAUACAGCUGGACAGGAGAGGUAUCACAGCUUAGCGCCGAUGUACUACAGAGGAGCCCAAUCUGCUAUUGUAGUAUAUGAUAUAACUAAUCAGGACACAUUCGGUCGCGCCAAGAACUGGGUGAAGGAACUCCAACGGCAGGCCUCUCCGUCGAUAGUGAUCGCUCUGGCGGGCAACAAGAGCGACCUCGCAGCCAAGCGCAUGGUCGAGUUCGAGGAGGCGCAGGCCUACGCAGACGAGAACGGGCUGCUCUUCAUGGAGACCAGCGCCAAGACGGCCAUGAACGUCAACGAUAUAUUCCUCGCUAUAGCGAACAAGUUACCAAAGAGCGAGGCGGGGGCGGCGGGCGCGGCGGGGGGCGGGCGGCGCCUGGCGGACGGCGAGCAGCCGCGACCCUCGCAGUGCUGCAAGUGAUACGCGGGGGGACACGUCUGGGUGCGGGGGCGGCGGCCGCGGCGUACGCGCUAUGAUACACAACACACACACACAUGUAUAAAUAUAUAACAUAUACGCGUUAAAUUUAUUUAUAUAUUUUAUUUACUAACAGCAAUAAAAUAUAUUAUUAUAAUAGUACCAUAAAAUUAUCUAGGAUAAAUAAAUUAAGAUAAUUAAAAAAAUUUAAUAAAAAAAUACUAGCGAUUUAAUUCAAUAGUGGCACAAGGUUCAGUUUACAGCGGACAAUCGUGGUUUUCAAUUUCUAAUAUAAAAUAUAUAUAAAUAUUAUUUUUUUUAAUUACCAAAAAUAUAAAUAUAAUUACCGACCGAAAAGUCGAUGUCUGAACAUCCAAUAAGUGGUUAACAUUAGGACAUUGAUACAUUUUUCAGAGUCUGUAAUUUAUCUUUAUUUCGGAUUUCUGAUAAAUGACUUAAAUCGGUUGUCUGUUCUAGAUAUAUAAAUUCUGUAUUAACAUUUGCGACCUAUCGCCUAUUAAUUUAUUUUUGGUAAUUAAAAGUUAACAGUAUAAUUAUUAUAUUGAAUGAAAACCAAACAACGUAUUAUGUACUUUAAGGCGCUGGUUAUAAGGACUCAAUAUGUGCGCGCACUAAUAAUAUCACUUGUGUACAUUCUUGUAUUACUAUUGAUUACAGUCCAGAGUAUUGCGUCUACUGAGUAAAUUUGGCUUUAGCAUUUAUGUUUUUGAGUUUUUUUUUUUACAUAAUUGUUUUUACGUUAAAAGUAUAUUAAUGUGAUCAUCAUUAAUGAAUCAUAGUUGGGUACGGACGCGUUGGCGUAAAAAAAUAAUAUAAAGAUAUAUUAUUAUUAUAUAUAAAAAAAAGUGAAACAUUCAAUGAUACUAGAUUUUAAUGGAAACUUAUUUGUAAUUAUUAACGAGGUGUAAUAGAAUAUUAAUUUUAUUAUUAAAAAAUAUAUAAUAAUAAAAUGUAAAAAAAAAAACGUAUAUCUAAUUUUUAUUUCUGGCAAACGCAUACACGGUAUGUAUGUAUGUGUGCAUUACCGCUUUUAAACCGAUCGGUCUCUGCUUGGUCUUUAAUUAAGAGAUAUAAGCGACCGGCAUUUAGUUGUAUGAAUAUAAGUAUCACACAAUGCUAUGUUUUAAAUGAUAGAAGAAACAUGACUUAUUAAAUCGAACAUGUAGAGACACUAGCGACAUCUAUUGAUCACAAUCGGAACUGCUGUAUCGUGGUGGGCAGCCCUGCUAUAAUCAUAAGAACUUGCUAAUUUCUGUACGAGGAAACAUUAGCCACUUGGCGAUAUAAGAUUAGAACUACAUGCGUUAUGUAGUGGUUUUUCUUUCGUUUUUAACUUUACAAUAAACUGAUUACUAUCUCUACGCUCUCGUGAUAUCUGUACUACACGCUUCUUUUAAAUCUUGCCCAGUUUUAUAUACUGCUUUGAUGUAGCUGAAUUUCUAUAAAAACUACGUUAAUACCCUACGGAGAAUGGUACACUGGGUUUGUGCCCGACUCUAAAGUAUUUUAUUUCCUUUCUGCGACAGCCCUAAAGGUUUACCUUUUACUUUUAAUCUAAAAGCUAAACCAAUUCGCGUUAUUCGCUAUUACCGCCUAUGUCAUUCACUCUUCAUUUAACACAUUAUAAAAGGGUGAUACAAGAAGACCUUUUAGUAAAAGUGAAUUAUACCUCUGAUCGUAUUUUUUUAUGUCAUUAAUAGAAUUUGUUUGGAACAAUUUUACAAAUUUGUUACGUAAUCAUUAAAAAGGUAUUGAGGUUGCACACAACAGUGGGGAAUUGUAAAUGGUUAUCGCGCGUGGAGUUAGCGUUGAUUUUUCCAAGGGGUGUCGCGGUCGCAGUUUUGUGUUAUUGUAAAUAACGAUUUUGUUCAAACAAAACUUUGGCACGGUCUUUAUCCUACACUCUGUGUAGGUCAAUGUGUGUUCGAAGUAUUCCUGCAUCGAAUCUUAUGCUUGUCCACUGCUCUAUUUGUCUUGUGUCGCUACUGAAUCAGUCAAGUAAAUAGUGUUUUUCUAGCAUCUAUUACGCGUAGUAGUAAUCGAUAAUGUUUUUUUUUGUUUGUUUGUUGUAUAAACUACAAUUAACUGUUUUAUAGGCCUUAGUUGGGAAAAAUAUACAAAAAUUUGUUUCUUGUAAAGCACGAAUAUAUUAUAUGAUCGUAUCGCUUUCCCUCACAUUGAGAUGUGCUGAGUGAGAAAUCUUCUCUUUUAAUUAUACAUUUUAAAUAUGAACUGAAAGGUGAAGUUGUCGCCUUUAAAAAAAAAGUCAAUAUUUUUCCCAAUUAAGAGCAUAAUAUAUAAUAAUAUGAUAAGUAUAUAUGUUCGGAAUAAGCCGGAAGUAGUGCAGUAAAUUCUAUGGAAUGCAUACAUAAUAUAUUAUUAUAUAAUCAUACCAUAGUUUUUUAAUCAUUAGUUUAUUUGUCUAUGGUCCUGACCCCCGACCAUAGAGAAUCAAAUUAUAAGAUCAUAUACAUGAAAAUCGUGGUGAAGGUGCAUUUAUCUUUAAAUCGUUAUGUCAUUAAUAUUACAGUAAAUUAAAAAUAAUUUCAUAAUUUCAAAGUUUGGUCCUUGUAAUCUUUCACUUUAACUAAAUUUUAAUAAUCAUUGUUUAUAAGCCUUUGCUUGUUCGCAAUCUAUUUGUAAAUCACUUUUUGUUUGGACCAACUAGAUAAAAGGAACACUUUGUUUUAGGUCUUUAGAUUAUCUUUGCGCGUAGCUCGUAACUAUGGUUUUAAUUUUUUUCUUUUUUGUUUGCAACACGGCGAGAGUCAAACGUCUUUCAGAAUUUUCCGUUCGUUUGUAACGAAUGAAAAGUGCAUUAAAACACAAUUGUUAAUUGAAAAUAACUCCUUAAUUUCCACUUCUCAUUUAGAAGUUUAUGGUAAAAUUAUUACUAAUAAUAAAUGUUAUAUAUUAUGUAUUAUGUACAGUUUAUAAAUGUUCAAAAUGAACGAAUGAAAAUUUUUCGUAUGUUUUUUUUAAUUGUCCAUUUUGAAGAAAGGUUUCCCUUCGUCCUUUUUUUUGUUAAUCGCAUUCCAUAUGAGGAUUUUUACGAUGGCGCUAUGAACUAUUUAGCAGAUUUGUGUUUAAAUAAUUUUAAACGCUAAUUUUUAUUAUUUUAUUGUUGUAUAAUUUUUUCAUGAUACCUUUUUAAUUUUCAAAGCACACGUUUAGGAAAAAUCCUUUUACUACACAUUUACGUAUGGGGAAAAUUUCCUUCUGACGUUUAAGACACAAUUUAAUUUCUUUCUAAAGUAAGGCCAACCAGACGAGAUAAAAAUGUAAACAAAGUUUCAGGAGUAAAAAACAUUUUUAUUUAAAUAAAUGAUUACAAAGUUCGAAUUUUAAUCGCUGUCAUCUGUACUAGACAAAGAUGAUUCGUCGGAAGAGUCCGAGUCAGCUGUGUUUAUGAUAAAACUAUCUAUUGUAUUAUCAAUCAUGUUGUCAAUAUUGCUAUAAAAAUUGUCCUCGACUUUUAUAACAUGAUCCACACAAUUUCGCCAUUUAUCAGCAGAUACACGUUGGAUCCCAAAAUGUUGAUUCCAACUUGUUCACAAAAUGGCGGACCAAAUGUUGACAACUGCGGUACUCAGUGCUUUCCUGUACCACGAAACACAACGACAGCUGUUGUCGACCAACUGACGCCAUAACUGCGCGUACGAGUGAUAAGGACAGAGAUAAUAAUCCCUCGCUAUCGCAAUGUAACUCAGUAACGGUCCGCUUGUUUACGUUUAUUAUCUCGCCUGGUUGGCCUAAGUUUAGAAACUGUGACUAAAAACUUCUGAAUCAUGCUCCUUUAAAAAAAAUCGCUUUUGUAAAUGAAAUGUUUUAGAUGAUGCUAAAAGUUUUGAAUAAACUUAAAAACAAGUAACACAUAAGGUCCCUGAGUAAACUCCCCGUGGGUAAAUGAAUAAAGUUUUUGAUUAGUUUCACUGAUCACUAUUUACACUUGCUUUAAAGAUAGAAAUAGUGAGGGGAAAAAAAAACCUAAUUUUAACCAGAUUAGAGAUAGGAUGAUUUCAAUCCCUUAAAAGUUAUUUAAUUCUGACUUGUUGAGGCCCAUAAGCGUAGAAUGAUCUGUUUAUUUAGAAUCAUUUCAAAGUUGAACAUCUAAAGUCUGGUAGAUCUCUGUGUCGCCGUGAAGACUCCGGUUCAGGUCACUCAGACAACAGAAGGUUUGGGCCACACUGUUAGUGGGUCGAAGUUAAUGGUUCUGGAAUCUGUUGAUGGCCGAUUGUUAAUUUAGAAUUUCGCUUUAUGAUUUAAAUAAACCGAUGCAUAGAACACAGGAGAGUAGUAGAUUUAUACGCCUCACAAGAUCAUAAUGUAUGUUUUGUAUUGUGUAAAUAUUUUGGAUUUACUAAGAUUAUUAUAUUGAAUAAAAAAAUAUUGUAAAUGAUACAAAAAAAAA